AUGAAAAAGCUCUUGAUAGGCAAUCAACAAUUGCGCACAGAAUUCAGAAAUCUAGAGAGGCAGUUUGGGAAAAUGGCCAACAAUCAUAAUACUAGACCUGUUGGAGCUCUCCCGAGUGAUACUGAACCUUAUCCUAAGGCUCAAGUACAUGCAGUUACCUUGAGAAAUGGAAGAGAAUUAGAAGAAGUUCCAGAGAAAAAGAAGUAUACAGCUAGACCUGAAGCAGAAUUAGUUCCUAAGCCCGUUGAGGAGAAUAAGAAAGAAAAGCCAAAAAUUGUGACAAGGCCACCACCUCCGUUUCAACAGAGACUGCAAAAGCAAAAAGAUGAUGCUAUGUACAAGAAAUUCUUAGAUAUUUUGAGCCAAGUGCAUGUGAAUUCACCUUUGGUGGAAAUUUUUGCUAGAGUUCAAAGUAAACUCCCUCCUAAGUUGAAGGAUCCUGGGUGUUUCACAAUUCCUCUGUCUCUUGGAAAACAAGAAGUUGGUAGAGCCCUGUGCGAUUUAGGGGCUAGUAUAAAUUUGAUGACAUCCUCUUUGUUCAAGCAACUCGGAUUGGGGGUGCUUAGACCUACUACAAGCACUUUGCAAUUGGAUGAUAGGUCUAGUUAUGCCAGAAGGAAUUAUCGAGGAUGUGUUAGUUCGAGUAGGAAAGUUUUCUUCCUACUGAUUUUUGUUCUUGAUUACGAGGCAGAUGAGGAAGUACCCAUUAUUUUGGGGCGACCAUUCUUAGCUACUGGUGGAGAACUUAUUGAUGUUAGGGAAGGAAAGUUGAAGAUGAGAGUUGGAAAUGAGGAAAUUACUUUUAAUGUGUACAAGGCACUUAAGCUCCCUAAGCAUUAUGAGGACUUGUGCAUGAUUACUGCGGUAGAACUGAAGGGGAUAGAGCAGAGUCCUGAUGUGAAUUAUAGUGAUUCGGAUAGGACGAAUGAGUUGGAUGAGGGUGUUGCAAGGAUUACAAGAAUUGGAAGCAAAGUCAUUGGAAGAGUGAAAAGCGUGUUAGAUGUGAAAGGAGAGGCCAGGCAAAAGCCAACUCAACCAGGCUUUAGCCUAGCAAGGCCAUCCAUAGGCCAGGCUGAACCAGGCUUUAGCCUGGCGAGGCCAGCCAAAGGCCAGGCUGAACUAGGCUUUAGACUGGCGAGGCCAGCCAAAGUCCAGGUCCAGUCCGAGUUUUGA